UUUUUUUUUCCCUUCCCUGCUUCCCUGUCAGCUCUUGAAAUUUUCUUUAGCUUCGUCGCAUUGCUUCACGCCGCGCUUCGGUCUUGCGAUUGACAACUUUUCCGGCGCUCCCCUCUUCGCAUAUACUGAAUAAAGCCGGACCGAUACUCUUAUUGCCCCAAAUGGCGACUUUCGACGACGAUGCACUGUCGAGAUUGACAGCCAAAAUCGACAGUCAACUUGCUGAGUCCAAGAAGAACCCAAGCAAGAAAGAUCAAGGCAAAAGAAAAAGGGACCAAACAGCAGAUGUCGACCAAUCGCCGCCGAAUAAGAGGAAGAAUACGUCUGCGCCGAAUCACAAGAAACCCAUGAAGGAUAGCAACAGAUCGCCCAAGACCCAAAAGCAGACCCAGAAACCGACUAGAGCUUCUGGGAAACCCGAUCAUAGCACACUUCUCGAUGAAAUCAAGGCUCUUGGUGGAGACGAGGAGGAUUUGAAGCUGGUAGAAGAUAUUGACUCCGAGGACGAAGAGCUCAACAACGAGAAGAGCAAAAAGAAUACAGACAAGGACCUCCGUGCCGAGCUGGCUAAGUUUGCUGCUGGUCUUGGUUUUGACGAUGUGAGGCCGGAACCCGGAGACGAAGAAUCCGAUGAUGGGGCCGACGGCGCUGAAGAAGUCGAGGAUGAAGAAGACUCGGCUGCUUCAGAGCCAGAAGCCGACGAAAAACCUCUACAAGACAUCAAACGGAAGACGAUGUUUGAACCUCGUCCUGACUGGCAUGCUGUUAGUUUAAAAACUCUACCCACUCCCGCGUCUGAGGAUAUAUCGGCCCAUACAGCAGCAAUAGCCGAAUUGAAGGCAUACGCCAAGUCCGUGUUGGAUGAGGACGGUGUCGCAUACAAUAAAACGCUGUCGAAAUCUUCAUCGCACAAAUUCAUGUCGACUAUCAUGUCUUCGGGUACCAUGUCGGAUAAAGUCUCCGCGUUAACCCUAGCUAUCCAAGAAUCUCCGAUACAUAAUAUCAAAGCCCUUGACAAUCUAAUCGGACUUUCGGGGAAAAGAAGUCGUGGGCAAGCUCUCGCUGCACUGGCCGCCCUGGUGGAUCUUUUCGGGCCAGGUUCAAUUCUGCCUUCAGAUAGACGGCUGCGUCUUUUCUCGUCUCAAUUAGGCCUUGCUGGAACUUUGCAGAAGCAUGGCAUCAAAAAUUGGUCUGCCGGCCAAGCAUUACCUGGGAAAAUCACCAAGGAACACUUAAUCUCGUGGAUAUUUGAGGAUUGGCUGAAGGAGGCAUAUUUCAAGAUCAUACAAAAUCUUGAAAUAUGGUGUGACGAUGAGGUUGAAUAUGCUCGUACCAAGGCUGUUGACCUUGCGUUCGCCUUGUUACGGGACAAACCUGAACAAGAAUCCAAUCUUUUACGGCUUCUAGUAAACAAACUCGGUGAUCGCGAACGUAAGAUCGCGUCAAGAGCAUCCUACCUACUUCUACAACUCCUAAACACUCACCCCGGCAUGAAAAAAGUGGUCAUACGCAGUAUCGAACAGGACAUUCUAUUCCGACCAGGACAACAAAUUCGUGCCAAAUAUUAUGCUAUCAACACAUUAAACCAAACUAUCUUAAGCACUAAAGAACCUCAAAUUGCCGAUUCUCUGCUCAAUAUCUACUUUGGUCUUUUUGUGGCCUUACUUAAGAGCGGCGAACUCAGUCAACAUGAUGGGAACUUCGGUGCUUCCAAAGGCGACAAACAAAAUCGACAGAAGAAACCGCACGCGUCGAAGAAGCCCGAUGAUAAGGAUCAGGUUAGCUCAAGUGACAAGGAAGCCGCCGAAAAGCUUGCAUCAGCAGUUCUCACUGGAGUAAAUCGAGCUGUGCCAUUUUCGCAAGCCGAACAAUCCACGCUCGAGUCGCAUUUGGACACACUUUUCCGCAUUACACACUCAUCUAAUUUCAACACCAGUAUCCAGGCUCUCAUGCUUAUUCAGCAACUCUCCGCCACCAGACAUAUCGCUACGGAUAGAUUCUAUAGAACUCUUUACGAGUCUCUAUUGGAUCCUCGUCUUAUUACUUCCUCUAAGCAAGCCUUAUAUUUGAAUCUUCUAUACCGAAGCUUAAAAGCCGACGUUGAUGUUCGCCGAGUAAAGGGAUUUGUAAAGAGGAUGUUGCAAAUCUUGAGCCUGCAUCAACCUUCCUUCGUCUGUGGUAUCCUUUAUCUUAUAAUCGAUCUCUCUUCCACAUUCCCGGAUUUGAAAACACUUAUAAAUGAGCCCGAAGAACACGACGAAGAGGAAACGGCCCCGGGUGUGGCUUCAGAUGCCCCAGCAGAUACUAACGUCAAUGGGGUUGACGCCCAAUCCAAAAAGGUUGAAGGUGUUUAUGAUGGACGAAAACGGGACCCUGAGUACAGCAACGCGCAUCGCAGCUGUUUAUGGGAAAUACUACCAUUUCUCAAACAUUACCACCCUUCCGUUGAUGUCUAUGCAACGACUCUAUUAAAUGGACAGAAAGCCGCUCAAAAGCCUGAAUUAGCAAACCACACACUCAUAGCGUUCUUAGACAAAUUUGUUUACCGUAAUGCUAAGACCGUCGACUCGACUAAGGGCGUGUCCAUCAUGCAACCAGUUGCCGCAGGUGGUCAAGGUAGCGUCCUACUCUCCAGCAAGCCUUCCGCCAGAGGCGCAGGCAGUUCCUUGAACUCAGCAGAAUUCUGGAAUAAGAAGAGCGAGGACGUCGCCGUCGACGAUGUGUUCUUCCACGAAUACUUCAGCCGCAUAGGCAAGUCAGAACAAGCCGAACGCAAGAAGCGCAAGGAAGCAGCGGAAGGCGAGGAUGCCGAAGAAGCGGAAGAAGACGAGAUUUGGGACGCGCUUGUAGCGUCGCGGCCUGAAGUCGAGGGCGAUGAGGAGAGCGAGGCAAGCUUUGGUGAUUUGAUGAGUUUGGAUGAGGAUGAUGACGAUCUUGAGAAGCAAAUGGCGGAGCUUGGUAGUGAUGAUGAGUCUGAGGGCGGAGUUGAGUUCUGGGAUGAUUCGGAGGAUGAAGAUGAAGGUGAUUCAGAGCUUCAGAAGGUACCUGGCGGCGAAGAUGAGGAAGAGGAAGAUAAGGAGAAACCAGAUGACCGUAAGAAGAGGAGGAAGGCGCUCAAGAACUUGCCUACGUUCGCGUCUGCGGAUGAUUAUGCUGAGAUGCUGGCGCAGGAUGAGGAUGAUAUAUGAGUUAGCAGUUGACGGUACCUGGCACAGUAAAUAUCAGGCAUUAUUCAAGGGCGUUUUCGCGAUUAUAGAUGGGGACAGAUACUUGAGAAUUCAAGAUACCUAGUUCGGUACAUUCUUACGUAUUUGGCAACUUAUUUCCGUGUAAUUUGCGUGAAGUGCU